CUACCGUGUUGUUGUUUGGUGUGCACAGUGCACUUGGUCUCUUUUCUUCAUGCGUUGCUAAAACGAAGUUCGAGUAUUUGUUUCUUGUUUUAUGCGUUGAACAAUCUUCGCUACCUGUAUGAACGGAAAUUGAGUCGAGGAGUUCCGGUUUCACUCAUGGACGACGACGGACGCAGCAGUGAUCGGGUGUCGGUCGCGCUGCCGGUGAGCAGUAUUAAUCGAUACAUUGACAAGGCGUGCGAGACCAGUCGCUGCCUCAACGAGGCCGAAGAUGUGUACUACGCAGGCCACGUUGUCGAGUGCGCGGUAUCAACGAUCUUCGGGAGCCGUGCUACAUUCCUGGCGUUCGUCCUGCAGACCACUGCAAUCGCUGGUGCCCCGCACGAAGUGAAAAUCACCAUCUGCAGGUCGGAGGUGGACCAAGCCAGCUGUUCGUGCAAGGCAGGCAACUUCAAAUGCAAGCACAUCGUAGCAGUCUUGCUGCACAUCAAUGCAGCAAGAGAGUUCGACCAACUCUCAUCAACUGACCAGCCCCAGAAAUGGGGAAAAGCCCAGAAGGAGCGAGUCAUGGAGAAGUAUGAGCCACGGAAGAUGGUUGACCUGCCCUGUGCAAACAAGGUAACUCUGAAGGAGACUCCGCAGUUGCAAGGGAACAUCCUCGAGAGACUCCUGAAGAAUGUUCCUCAUCGAUCUGCAGCGAAAAUGCACUCGGAAACGGCAGUGGAAACAGCUGUGGAAGCUACCUGGGACCUGGACGCUUCACCAAAGCCUGCUUCCAGGGAUCUAACCCUUCUGGGUUCCUUGGAUGAGCUGAGGGAACUCGCUGGAAACCGCAACGUUGGGCUACCGCUGGAGGAGGUGCUUCGGCACCUACAGGAGAGCCAAAGUAGAAAAGACAUUGACGACAUAGAGAGGGCAACGCGGGAUCAGGCAAAAUCCAGCCUCUGGAUGCGCCACAGAGUGGGUAUGAUAACUGCGUCCGUCGCAUACAGCGUAUAUACGCGAGUGAAAACACUCAGAACGAGGAUGGGUCCGCAUGACCCGAGACCCCUGUUAAGAAAGAUCCUAAGGCAAACGAAUGUCCGAACGGCUGCAAUGCGUCGGGGCAGUGAUCUAGAAGGCCCUGGGAAGAAGUGCUAUGAGGAGAAGCACUCUCAGCAUGAGGACUUGGUUGUGAGAGGGUGCGGGUUGUUUGUCAUGGAGGGACGGCCCUACAUUGGUGCAAGUCCAGAUGGACUGGUAGAGUGCAAGUGUUGCGCCAACCGAGUGCUCGAAGUAAAAUGCCCAGAGAUAAUGAAAAAGUUUUUGCAAGAGAACGUAGAGAAGGGCACGGACAACACUCCUUUAAAGCUGAAGCGCACAAGCCCGCACUUUUGCCAAGUGCAGGUGCAGAUGGGGCUGACAGGAGUAAAGCAUGGAGACCUGUUUGUCUACAUCAGUGACGAAGAGUAUGAAUGCAUCUCUGUAGACUUUGAUGAAGAAUUCUUCAGGGAUGUAGUUGAGAGGUCCACAUAUUUUUUUGAGAAGUAUGUGCUGCCACAGAUGGUUUGCGUGGUCUAAGGGGAAUUUUCUCACUUUAACUCAUUCCUUAGAAUUAAUACAAUGAUUUUAUUUUUUCAUUUGUUAAAUACUGUAAACGACACAAUUGUCGCGAAUCUCCUACAAUUUGCAAAAAAUAGGCCCCACGAAUAAUUCCGGUAAAAUGUAAACACAGUGGAAUCUAUCGAGAUCCCACCGUGUUGCAAAAAUUAGAACCCGCGAAUUAUUCCAAAACUUCAGCUUUGACCUAAAUUGCGAAAUAUUGAGCCCGCAAGAAAUCGGUCGUUUACAGUACUUAUCAGGAUUAAUUGUUAAUGUUUGUGACCUAAAAACACGAUGUGGAUUUUUAUCAUUUUUAAAAUAUGCUAAUAUUUAGAGCAAAGCUAAGCCAAUUCUUGCAGAUACUCUCACAUUGAAAAGCCAUGGACAUCAUAAUCAUAUUGUUUAUUAAGAAAAGAAUGCAGCAACAACUUGGGGACAGGAAUUAUUCUUGGUAAGAUAACAUUGCACGGUCUUGUUAAGACAUUUUGGAGCAAUAAGUUUGUUUAAUAUGUAUAGCUUGAACAAAGUUGAAAUUUUUGUUCAGUAGCAUUUCAGAACUAAUCUUUCUGGUUGUUAUUUGUAAUCUGUUUCAUAUUUCCCCUCAUUGCCAUCUUACAGUGUCAUUAAAAACAAACAUAAAACAGCAAAUGCUUUUUUCCUAAUUACAGCAGCCAAAAAUGCUACAAAUGGAAGUUACAGUAAAACCUCAUUAUAACAAAGUUGAAGGAGUGGUCGUAAUUAUUUCGUUAUAACCAUUAGUUCGUUAUAGCCAAUGUCCAUUUCUUCCCACUAUUAGCAAGCAAGGGGAAUUAUGAUUAUUUGUUAUAUCCAUUAGUUUGUUAUAUCCCAUUUGGUUAUAACGAGGUUUUACUGUACAAU